UGCGCAGAUCUGCUCAUUAGUUCAGAUGUGGGUGCAUGAAUAGACAUUUGUGUGUGCACACACACACAUUAGUAUGCCACUCUGCAGCACUUCUCAGCAGGUGAAAGAAAUCUGGCCCAAUCAGCAGCACCCUCAACUCAGGUAUAUAAGGAAUCCACCAACCACUUUACUGGUUUUUGCAACAGAGCUGAGGAAGGCAAACACAGCCUCCAAAGCAGCAUUUCAUGGAAAAGGACUUAUAAGGACUACCGGUUUUUCACCUGUUCUGUUCAUUGGUUCUCACUCAUUGGUGAAAAUAAAAAAGAUUGAGUGAAUUCCUGAAGUCUUCAAGUCCUCCUUUUCAAGUGUAGGAAGCCAUGAAAUUAUAGGACACUUGACAGUGAAAAACCGCUCCAAUCAGAGGAGGUUCCAUUCUGCAACCAGAGACUGAAAUCUGCUGUCUUCCAAAGGAGGAAAAUGGCUGAAUUAAAGUCCCUUGAUGACCUCAAAGCAGAGAGGACAACAGUUAAAAGACUUUUCUCCCGUUUUGCAAAUAACAUUAUGAGGACCUACAUGGAGAUGUCUAAGGAGGAUCUGGAGGAGAACUACAAGAAGCUUACACUGGAGAGCUCCAAAGUUAUGGAGGCAAAUGAGGAUGUGGAGGCUGCUUAUAUGGCUGAGUGCAAAGCAACUGCAGCUGAGGAGCUGAGUAAUCUUCAGAAAGCUGACAUAGAGAAGACGGAGAAAGAAUGUGAACAAAAGCUUAAAGAAGCUAAACUCCUUAUCCGAGAGACAAUGUGGGCCACAUAUGGAGAGAAGGAAUUGUCCCUGGCUCUACAAGUUGCAGAGGAUGAGUGCAAGAAUGUUUCUUCCAUCGGGCCAGACAUAACUCUGGAGGCAUAUGAGUUUAUGCUCACCCAUUUGGAGAAAUUGAUCCAGAAGGCAAAGGAAGCACACCAAAAUUGGAACCAUUGGGCCCCACCUGCCGAGAAAAAGGAUUUCAACUACCGUGUAAGGGAGCUAGAGGUGUGCCUCCCUAGGAUGGUUUCUCAGAAGGCUGUCUUUAUCGAAGCAGCAAGGAAGAAGGACACAACAGAGGAAAAAGCCUUAGUCCAUAGUCUACCUCCAAUAGCUGCAAUAAAACUGAAAGCCACAGCUUUACCAAAGUUUGGUGGAAGUAAACGAGACUAUUACAGAUGGAGAAAAGAAUGGGAGGCUCUCCAGAAGCAAGGUGAACCAUCUGGUUCGAAAGAAGUAAAGAAGUUUCAAUUGCUUGAUAGUCUCGAUGAGAAAUUGGCUAAGGAUUUACGCCUGUCAACAUACAAUUCAUCAGAUGAGAUCUUCAGAGUCCUGGACAAUCGUUUUGGGAAUAAAGCUACCAUUGCUCUUGAGAUUAUUGAAGAAUUACAAGCAAUUCCACCAGUGAGAAAUGGUCAACCUAGACGAAUAAUAGAACUNUCAGAUCCCUGA